GCAUUCUCACUCAGUCACUCUUUUCAGACUAUCCGGCUCUUUCAGCUCUGUCUCUUCGUCAUUCUUUAAUCCAACUUACACCACACUCUUUAACUAAUUCGAACCAAACCCCCCAACCGCAAAAAUGAAGUUCCUCAACCUCGGCCUUGUCGCCAUCUCCUCCCUCUUCGCCACUUCCCUCGCGGCGCCUGCCAUUCCGGGCCUCCCUACGGAUGUCACCGACGUCGCCAAGGUCCCUGACGUCGCCAAGGUCCCCGUCGUCCACAUCCCCGUUGCUCCCGAGACCGACGUCCUCGAUAAGCGCACUGAGGUCGUUUACACCAAGAUCCAGUACACCAUCGUCGAGGUCAAGAAGCACUGCUCCACCAUCAACUCCACCGUUGACGGUGUCACGAAGGGCCAGAUCGGCCAGAAGAAGGCCGACAUCAUCAAGCUCGUCAAGAGCGAGGUCACCAUCAUCAUCAGCCUGAUCCACUCCCUGGUCGGCGACAUUGUCGAGUGCCUUGGCGAGACUGUCGAGAUUGUCGGCGAGGAGAAGGAGAAGAUCAUCUCCUGCGUCCUUGAGCUCAUCUUUGACAUCAUCUACUGCCUGAAGCAUGUCAUCAAGGUUCUCGGCUGCAGCAUCUUCGAGCUCCUCGGCCCCAUCGUCUUCGUCCUCCUUACCGUCGUCUUCCACCUCCUCUGCUCCCUCAACGGCCUCAUCGAGGGUCUCUUGCAGCUCGUCUGCUCCGUCCUUGGCAGUGUCAUUGGCCUCCUCCUUGAGGUCCUUGCCGGCCUUCUGCCCAUCGUCCUUGGCCUCGUCGGAGGUAUCCUCAAGGCCAUCAACCUUGGCGGCCUUCUCUGCAGCGUCGGCAGCAUCUUCUAAGUUUCUCUGCUUACUGGCAACGAGAUUUAACCACAAACGCUCUUCGAUUGGUUUAGUACAUGGUAGCCGGCGAAUAUGGAUAUAAGUCAAACCCCCCACUUCCCGGCACCCCCCUGUUUCUGGCACCCACAAAAACGCGAAAAUCCACCACAACGCAAUGCCCACCCCCAACCUCCUUUUAUC